AUGCAGAGAAGUGCUGAAAUAGAUGGAGAAAUAUUUCAUUCCAUAUUCUUCCUUUGGACAGAAACUAUCGACGAGACGACCAAGAAAGAGGGUGGAAUGGUCCCGAAGAAAAGAACAGAAACAGAAACCAUUGAAGAGAUAACUAAGCGUCGAGGUGGAUUCGUUCCAAAGAAGCGAACAGAGACAGAGAGAAUUGAAGAGAUAACCAAACGAAAAGGCGGAAAAUUUCCAAAGAGAAGGACAGAAACAGAGACGAUUGAAGAAAUGACUAAAAAACGAGGUGGGACUGUUCCAAAACGAAGGACAAAAACAGAAACUAUUGAAGAAAUUAGAAGGAGAGUUGGGUUUAACAUUUGUGAACAUCUCUAUUUGUUGUCUAACUUUUACAUUAUCGCUUAUAUUAUCGCUGAUACUGUCACUGGUAUUAUUCGCCCAAUCAGAAAAGUAGUUACAGGUAUUGAUGAAGGACUGUUUGGCAGGAGAAAAGCUAAUCGACGUAUUCGUGUGCAUACUGGAGGAGAAAUGGGGUUUAAAACACGAUGUCAAGUCCGUGGUGAGAAGUCAGUGAAAAAAUUGAUGAAACGUGUUAACGUGGGUAAACCUCCGAAAGUGUUUGAAAAUGAAACACAUACAAUCACAGAAGACGGAUGGGAUGUCAUCACAGAAAUGAAAACAGAAGAGAUAAUUGUACCACAUAGUUAUAAGGUUACUAAAGGUACUCCUAAAGGUGAAUCGAAAAUGAAAGAGGUGAGCCGAUAUGAGAAGGAAGUACGCUCCGUCUCUAAGGAAAAGGGCGAAACGGUUGAGAAAGUUAAACGAGGUAAUUCAAUUGAAGAUGAUCUGCCUAAAUGA